AUGGUCAAGAACUCGAACAAGCUCAAGCGUGCCGAUCGGCGUGCACCCGACCCCGGCCUUCAGCUCGACUACGAACCUAGCCCUUCCUCGUCCGCUUCCAUUACGGCCGAUCCGUACAAGCCGUACCAACACUCACAACCGGCUCAAUCGCAACCCAAGAAGCGUGCAUCAGGUGCAGCGCUCGGUAAGGCGGCAAGAGCCAAAAAGGCAAAGGCGAUCGAAAGGGCUGAAAAGACCAACCAAAAAUUCGUCGUCAACAAGGCCAAGGCGCAGAGGAAAAAGUUGAUGAAGUCUUGA